GUCUGCCUAGUCCCACCUUAUGUCAUCUCUCCAUCAGGGCAGCAUCCUCAACAAACCUCGUUGCAAGCCGUUUCCAGAUGCCACCCCAGUAUCUGACUGUGCGCUCUCCAUGCUCUUCACUGAGGAGUGUGAUAAGGUGCGGGACCUGAUGCACGUUCACUCCUUCAGCUAUGACUUCCACCUGCGAGUCGUUCACCAGUACUUGGUUGGCUGCCACAUGACGCUGCGCCAGGGCUACCAGCUCACCGACUUCCUGGAUGACUUUAAUCACCCAGACAUUCCCAAGUUUGGCCGCAACCAUGUCGUCCAAGGUGACUUUGGGAGCAUCUCCAUCUCUACUGGGAUGAUAACGGCUCACCAGCUCUACAACUACAUCACUGACCACGCCAGCACCUAUGGAAUGAAGCCACUCCGGAUGUCCAAGACUGCAGUCACCACUGACAACAAGAAAGGCACGCCUGACCUGCACGAGUACGCUCUGGUGACACUGUGGAACAGUUCAGGCUCUUACAAAGAUCUGGAGGGCCUGCACCACCACGAUGAUUUUGAUGUGUCCCUUAUGGUGUGCCAUAAUGCAGCUCCAUUUGAGGAGCAGUCAGAUGGGGAGCGGCAUUUGCUGAGGUUGCGUUUCUACGUGAUCAUGACCAGUCAGAGAGAGCUCUUCCCCCACCUCACAGCUGACAUGCGCCGCUUCAAGAAGCUACCACAGAUUCACUGUGAUCCAGGUGAGCUGGGCGGCCGGCUUCCUCCAGAUCGAGCAGAGGCCAGUGGGUCACGUAUUCCCGAGCAGGACAAUUGGGAGGAAACAUCACCCCAUGUUGCAGCCACCUCAGCCCCCAGUGAUGGGAAUGAGUUUUAUCCUCUGGUGAGGGGUGGACCAGAAGCUCAGGGACUGCUCUACCCCUCCCCUUUGUUUCCUCUACUCAACAAUGAGGUUGCAUUAGCACGCAGACAGAUCCAGGCCAGUGUGGAGCAGGCCAUGGGUCACUGCCGCAGGGAUAACCUGUGGAGGAGACUGUUCCAUGGAGAGCACCUGGCUCUGGACAAACUGAAGCUGACCAAGCUGUCAUUUAGUGAACUGGAGGAGCUGCUGGCAGCUGUACAGAGCCGCUCGGUCGGGGAGAUUGACCCACAACUGGACUGUUUUCUGACCAUGAGUCCAGCCUGGUACCAGAGUCUGAUCAAAGUCCUGCUGAACCGCUUCCCUCAGAGCUGUAGACACUUUGAUGACAACGGCAUCCAGUACCUGGCUGUUCUGAACCAGAAGUUCACAGACUGCUUUGUUCUGGUCUUCUUGGACACCCAAGCAGGAAAAACAAGUCUAAAGGUUGUGUUUCGUGAGCCACUGCCAUCACAGCCACAGGCCGGCAGCAGCCCUCCUCCCCAGCUGGUGUCCAUGUAUCAUCACCUGGAGUCUGUCAUCAACACAGCUUGCUAUAACCUUUGGACUGGACUGUUAUAGUGGAUCAGUGCUGGACCUACUGCAGCACAUGUCUAUGUGACCACAGUUAACUUGUAAAAUCAGGAAGCAACAGUAGUAUGAGAUUCAAAAAACAAUCUGAAAGCCAAAGACAGUUAUCAGUUAGCUCACCUAGCCCUAAACAAGUCAGAUAAAACUUAAAGUCUCCUAAUUGGUGUGUCAGACCUUAUUCUCUGGUGUUUUUGCUUUUAACUGCACAAUCAUGCAUGCAUGAUAACCACAUCUCAGAAUACAGGUGAAAUUAAACCCAUACAGAAUGGCAGCAGUAUACAUGUGUCACCAUCUAGUGUUAAGUCAAUGUUACAUUUAUGUAGGCGAGUGAUGAUCCCACCCUGAUCUGACCCUCUAACCCUUUUGGGGGAAAGAAAUGCCUUAAUCAUGCAGGUGCAGAGUAUGUAUACUUUGUUAAGAAGCACGUACAUCAUAAGCAUUUGGGCAGUUGAAUGUUGUACUGUAUGAUGAUACUGUGUUGUUUUUCUCUGUACACAUAUACUAAAACAUACUAUAUACACUAAAA